AUGACUUCAGUCAAUUCAAAAGACAAUGCGACCAAUCUGACUGUCCUGGGCAUUGAAACCAGUUGCGACGAGACUGCUGCCGCCGUCGUGCGCGGUCCUGUUCAACGGGAAAUCCUCUCCAACACCAUCCGAUCCCAGAUCGACGAGCAUACCGAAUUCGGCGGUGUCGUUCCCGAGAUCGCCGCGCGUGCCCAUAUCGAAGUACUUGACCGCAUCGUCGCUGAAGCCAUGAACGACUCCGGCUGUUCCUGGGAUGAUAUCGAUGCUGUCGCAGCAACGGCCGGCCCAGGUCUGAUCGGCGGUGUGAUCGUGGGCUUCAUGACGGCCAAGGCAAUCGCCAUGGCGGCAGACAAACCGCUGAUAGGCGUCAAUCAUCUGGAAGGGCAUGCGCUGACUGCCCGCUUGACGGAUGACCUGGAUUUUCCGUUUCUCCUGCUUCUGGUCUCCGGUGGCCAUAGCCAGUUUCUGAUGGUGCGCGGCGUCGGAGAUUAUGAACGCCUCGGCACAACCAUCGACGAUGCGAUCGGCGAGGCCUUCGACAAGACCGCCAAGCUGCUCGGGCUGCCCUAUCCAGGCGGACCGCAUGUCGAAAAGAUGGCGGCAAAAGGUGAUGUCCGCCGCUUCAGACUACCCCGUCCAUUACUGGAUCGACCCGGUCUUGACAUGUCCUUUGCCGGGUUGAAAACCGCUCUGCGGACCCAGGCGAAAAAACUGGAACCGGUCGACGACCAGACCAUCGCGGAUCUUUGCGCCGGCUUUCAACGCGCAGUAUCGGAUGUUCUUGCGACCAGGACAGGAACGGCCCUGAACCUGUUCCGGGAGCGGCAUCCGCAAAGCGAACCGGUGAUAGUGGUUGCCGGAGGUGUGGCUGCCAAUCAGGAAAUCAGGAACGCCCUCACGCACGCUGCCGCUGAAGCCGGCGUCCGAUUUGUCGCCCCUCCCAUGAACCUUUGCACCGACAAUGCCGCCAUGAUUGCCUGGGCCGGGAUCGAGCGCAUGCAACUCGGGCCGGUGAACGACAUGUUCCGGGCGGCACCCUGGACCCGGGUGAGAGCUACCUUCAGGAUCGGAUCCUCGAAAAUGUUCCCGAUUGUCUCGACGGCCUGCAUCGGCGGCGGCAUUUUCACGGCCGAAUACCGGAGAAGCCUGCCGCGGAAUGGGAACACUUCGAAUCUUCGCCAAGCGCGGGCGGUCCGCCUAUCCGGUUCCGCCUGUUCUGGAUCGACUUGUUCGCAGAUGGCCCGCCGAGCGAGACCCGGUUCUUUGAAGGUUUUGGAGUGCAGCUUGAGACACUACGGUCGCGCAUGGAAGGGCAGAACAAUGGGCGCCAUUAGGACAGUAGGCGUUGUCGGAGGGGGUGCCUGGGACACGGCCCUUGCCCUGACGGCCGCGCGCGCCGGACGCGAGGUUCGGCUUUGGGCAAGGGACACCGAAACGGUCUCCAACAUUCGCUCCCGGAAGCAGAACCAGCGCUAUCUGCCCGGCAUUACCUUUGACGAGGACCUGACCGCAACCUCAUCGCUGCGUGAAAUUGCGGACGCCGACGCGAUCCUGCUCGUUACGCCCGCGCAGACCACCCGCUCCCUGCUCGCCGCUUUGAAGGAGACCGGCACGGUUCGCGGCCCGGUAGUGUUGUGCGCCAAGGGCAUCGAACAGACAUCAGGGAAACUCUUGUCCCGGAUCCUGAGCGAGGAACUGCCGGGGGUCGAGCCGGGAGUCUUGUCCGGUCCGAGCUUUGCCGACGAUGUUGCACGUGGGCUGCCGACCGCCGUUACGGUUGCGGCAAACUCGGCCAAGACAGCCCUCAGCCUGUGUGAAGCGCUGCAGUCAACAUGUUUCCGGCCCUAUGCGUCGAUCGAUGUGCUUGGAGCUCAGAUCGGCGGUGCAUUGAAGAAUGUUCUGGCCAUCGCCUGUGGAGCCGUCGUGGGCCGCAAGCUCGGCGCCAGCGCCCAGGCUGCACUGACCGCUCGCGGCUUUGCCGAGCUGACACGGCUUGGAACUGCCAUGGGAGCCCAGAGCGAGACGCUGACAGGCCUUUCCGGCCUUGGUGACCUUGUCCUGACCUGCUCCUCCACCCAGUCCCGCAAUUUUUCCUUCGGCCUCCGACUUGGUGAGGGUUUCAUGGCGUCGGAACUGAUCUCCGCCGGAGGCAAACUCGCCGAAGGCGCCUAUUCCGCCAGGGUCGCGGUCAAGCUUGCGCAAAAACACGACAUUGAGGUGCCGAUCUGCGAGACGGUUGCCCAGAUGAUAGACGCCGAUCUUUCGAUCGACGAUGCGCUCAACACCUUGAUGGCACGUCCGCUGAAAGUUCGGACAAACUCCGUCAACCAGGGAUUCCACAUCAUGCUCUAUGCCUUGAUCUGCACCGACAAGCCCGGUGCGCUUCAAACGCGCCUGGACACCCGCGAUGAUCACAUCGCCAUUCUCAAGGGACUCGGUGCCGGGCUGAAGGCCGCAGGCCCGUUUUUGGACGACGACGGCAACAUGACCGGUUCCCUGGUCGUGAUUGAAGCGGCCAACCGGAACGAGGCACUGGCCAUAGCCGAGGAAGAUCCCUAUGCCAGGGUCGGCCUUUUCGAAAGCGUUGAAAUUCGCCCAUGGAACUGGGUGGUCAAGAAUCCGGAGGAAAUCAGCCUCCAUGUCGCCGACGAAGCCAUGGAACUGUGGCAAAAGACGGAAGAUGAACUGGGUGAACUCGGUCUCGCGCCACCGUUCUGGGCAUUUGCCUGGGCGGGCGGUCAGGGUCUGGCCAGGUAUGUCCUGGACAACCCGUCGCUGGUCGCUGGAAAACGGGUGCUCGACUUUGCAUGCGGCUCAGGCCUGGUUGGCAUUGCGGCAAUGAUGUCCGGCGCCCGGUCCUGCCAUGCCGUGGAUAUCGAUUCCUUCGCACUUGCGGCAACUGAACUGAAUGCUGAAUUGAACGGCGUCGAACUCAGCUUCGAAAUCGGUGACAUUACGGCUUUUCCGCUUCCGGUCGCACAGAUCGUCUUUUGCGGUGACGUCUUUUACGACAAGCAGAUGUCCGACAGGAUUCUGCCGUUUCUGGACAGGCUCGUCGACGCCGGCAUCGACGUGCUGGUCGGAGAUCCCGGCAGAUCCUAUGUGCCGAUCGAUCGUCUCGAGGAGUUCUUUAUGCCCAUCGUUAACCGCCUUGCUGAUCUGGCUGACGAGAUCACGGUCUGGCGCCGCGACUUUCACGAAAAUCCGGAAAUUCUCUAUGAAACCGUCCGCACAGCCGAAAAGGUCGCGGAGUUGCUGGAAAGUUUCGGUGUCGACGAAGUCACGACGGGCAUCGGCAAGACGGGUGUCGUGGGCGUGAUCAAGGGCCGCAACGGCGGCACAGGCAGGACCGUCGGACUGCGCGCCGAUAUGGAUGCGCUUCCGAUCGAGGAAGCGACACAGAAGCCAUAUGCCUCGAAAAUCCCUGGCAAGAUGCACGCCUGUGGCCAUGACGGCCACACGGCGAUGUUGCUCGGCGCGGCCAAGUACCUUUCGGAGACACGCAAUUUCGACGGCACGGUUGUGGUGAUCUUUCAACCCGCUGAAGAAGGUGGCGCCGGGGCAAAGGCGAUGAUCGACGACGGCUUGAUGACCCGCUGGCCGAUUGAUGACGUCUACGGCAUGCACAACUAUCCGGGCAUGCCGGUCGGUGAAUUCGCGUCG